AUGGCAACUGAGUGGUUGCAGGCCAAGGAGCUGGGAUAUUAUCGUUCAAAUCACAGAGGAAGCUCACCCCUGCAGAUUUGUCGAACACGACAUCUGAUGGCAAGCUCGGAAGAAGGCAUCCUGAUUCUAAUCUCCCAAAAACACAAACAGACAACAUCAAAUGAGACGGUACAGGCCCAUAAACCCAAAACUACUGUAUGCAAGCAAAAAACUACGGAAACUUACCCUGAGUACCAACUGGAGAAGACGAGUCACGGCCAGAGGAACAUAUCAGCACGAAAAAAUUUCACUCCGAGCGAUGCAGCACAAUUCAAGGCCUGCAAGUUCGUGACAAAGCUCUGCCUUUGCAGUCCCCGAAGAACCUCCUUCGCCCCAUUAACCUCAAGCUUGCUCCCGAGCCACCGGAGCACGAUGCUCUUACAGUCGCUAACCCGAGUCGACAGGUCAGCCAGUGCAUGGGACCCACCAUCCACUUUCAGCAAAGUAUACGCUUUCUGGGCCAGCUUUCUAGAAGCAUCCAGAACCGCAUUCUGGCAGACCUGCUCACAGCACUCAUUCACGCUGUCAAUCUUUCCGCAAGCAGCCAGGAGGCUCGAUGAGUCCACAGUGCCCUCAAACUCGGCCACGUCAGCGACAGGGCACGAGCCUUGGGUGAGAUUCGAGGCCCGAACAGAACAUAUUCGAGACAGGUCCUCGUUGGCUCCCUGGCCCGCGAGGGCCCGUUCGAAGUCCGAGAGGCAGUGGGCCGCGGUUGACCCGUUGAGGGCGAGGGAGCCCGUUUUCUUGCUCGACUGGCCCAUGAGGAUUGCCAGGGUGGCGUCUACCUGGGGGCAGCAGACCACGUUGGCGAGGAGAGGGGCAAAUGCGGCCAUGCAAUUGGUGGACGUGACAGUCAUCAUGUUCGAGAGGGCUGUGAAGUUCAGUGGGCAGUGUCCUGUAAUUUUGAAGAUUAGCAUUCUUGAGUUCAGAAUUUUAAGAAGCAAAAAGGGGGGAAGAAGUGGCGAUUAUGAAUAA